AUGUCGUGCGGCUCGGCCAAGAAGCGCGGCUCGGCGGCGGGAGCGGCCGAGGCGGCGGCGGCGGAGGAGGCGCGGGGGAUGCUGGCGGGCCCGCGGGGCAACGGCUGCGCCUCGGCGGGGCCGGCGGAGGACGGCGGGGCGGCGGGCGGCGGGGUGGCGCUGAAGCGGAACAUCACGCUGCUGAACGGCGUGGCCAUCAUCGUGGGCACCAUCAUCGGCUCGGGCAUCUUCGUGUCGCCCACCGGGGUGCUGAAGGAGGCCGGCUCGCCGGGGCUGGCGCUGGUGGUGUGGGCGGCGUGCGGCGCCUUCUCCAUCGCGGGCGCCCUCUGCUACGCCGAGCUGGGCACCACCAUCUCCAAGUCGGGCGGCGACUACGCCUACAUGCUGGAGGUCUACGGCUCGCUGCCCGCCUUCCUCAAGCUCUGGAUCGAGCUGCUCAUCAUCCGGCCCUCCUCGCAGUACAUCGUGGCCUUCGUCUUCGCCACCUACCUGCUCAAGCCCCUCUUCCCCACCUGCUACGUCCCGCUGGGCGCCACCAAGCUCAUCGCCUGCCUCUGCGUGCUGUUGCUCACGGCGGUCAACUGCUACAGCGUGAAGGCGGCUACUCGUGUGCAAGAUGCCUUCGCCGCCGCCAAGCUGCUGGCCCUGGCCUUGAUCAUCACUCUCGGCUUCGUGCAGCUGGGGAAGGGUGAUGUCAUGAACCUCAAGCCCGAAUCUUCCUUUGAGGGCACCAAAACAGGUGUGGGCAACAUCGUCCUGGCCUUGUACAGCGGCCUCUUCGCCUACGGAGGAUGGAAUUACUUGAAUUUUGUCACAGAAGAGAUGAUUAACCCUUAUAGAAACCUCCCUCUGGCCAUCAUUAUUUCACUUCCCAUCGUCACCUUGGUCUACGUGCUCACCAACCUGGCUUAUUUCACCACCUUGUCGGUCAACGAGAUGCUGGUGUCAGAAGCUGUUGCUGUGGAUUUUGGGAAUUACCACCUGGGUGUCAUGUCUUGGAUUAUCCCUGUGUUCGUGGGCUUGUCUUGCUUUGGCUCCGUCAACGGCUCCCUUUUCACUUCGUCCCGGCUUUUCUUCGUAGGUGCUCGGGAAGGCCACCUGCCUUCCGUCCUGUCCAUGAUCCACCCCCGGUUGCUCACCCCUGUGCCCUCCCUCGUCUUCACGUGCCUCAUGACUUUGCUCUACGCUUUCUCCAACGACAUCUUUUCGGUGAUCAACUUCUUCAGCUUCUUCAACUGGCUCUGCGUGGCCCUAGCCAUCAUCGGCAUGAUGUGGCUCCGGUACAAGAAACCGGAACUCGAGAGGCCCAUCAAGGUUAAUAUACUGUUGCCCAUUUUCUUCAUCCUCGCGUGCAAUUUCCUCAUCGUCGUCUCCUUCUGGAUGACCCCGAAAGAGUGUGCCAUUGGCUUUGCCAUCAUCUUCAGCGGCGUCCCGGUGUACCUGAUCGGUGUCUGGUGGAGAAACAAACCCAAGUGGCUCCUGCAGAGCAUCUACUCCACCACGAUCCUGUUCCAGAAGCUGAUGGAAGUGGUUCCUCAAGAGACUUAAAAAGGGGGGCAAAACCAUCCAUCUUUAGUUCAAGCCAACGCACAACAUUGUUUUCGAAACAUAAGUAUGUCUGAUUGCUCCCUGGAAAACAAAAAACGGAAACCGGAGAGCUCUCCCUGCUUCUGCCCACCUCUGGUCUUCUGGAGGUCUUCUCCAAACUCCGACCAGGCCAUUGAGAAGUUGCUGGCGGAGAAGAACGAUCCCGGGUGCAAAUUUAAAAAUUGGGAAGAGGAGGUUGCUUAGAAGAUAAGACCUCCACCCAAAUCGAGAAAACGGGGGAGCCCACAAGGACGUUUUGUUUACAUGCUCAACUACGGACUUUAUUUAGCUUCUCCACCAGCUCUCUCAACAUGAUCGGCAGGAAAAAAAAGAGGGGGGAAAAUGCAGACGAUGGAUGAGGUCUAGCAACGGAAGACGUUCCUCAAGAUACGUCUGCCAACACCGGACACUCCUGGCCAACAAAGUGGGCCCUGCAAAAAGAAGACCACCCCACAAACUGACAGCAGAAGACUGAACGGCCCCCACCUCAGCUCUUCUCAUUCUCAGUGGACUGAAUAGUUCUGUCAUGAGUAUUUUUUUAAAUUAAUUUUUUUUUUAGUGACGUUGUUUUUUAAAGCUUUUUUCUCCUUAGGAUUCCCGCGUUGACCCCGUUGGGUCAUAAGUUUCCCAUAAGGGGUUUUGCACAGUUUUAGUUGGCAUCCUGACGAAAUCCCACCAUCUGGGUCAGGCUGAAAAUUUCUAGACACUCCACAAAAUAGGACGGAUUCAUAACAAGAGCUGCGCUUCUCAAUGUGGGCCAGUUUAAGCCGUGUGGACUUCAACUCCCAGCAUUCCUGGCUUUGGGAAUUCUUGGGCAUUGAAGCAGGGGUGGGUUUCUCGCCCCGUUCCAACCGGUUCGGUUGGAACGGAGCCGGCGGCGUCCUCGUG